AGGUGCGCCUCCUACUUUGGGCCCCAAAACUACCUUGGAGUGGGCGACGGGCCCUGGAAUGCCCGUUGGCAGGAGCAACUUGCUAAGUGAAGAGCCGGGCCCGGUGCAAGAAGGGAGGAGACCGUCUUCUCAGUGUUCUCCAAAUUUGAGCCUCUAAAAUUCACAAGUUCAGUUCUGGAUAUCAUUUUCACUGUGACCUCCAGUAAUGUACUUAAUCUUAGUAUCAAAUGCUUACUACUAUGCCCUAAUGGAGUGAUAGAAAAAAAAAAAAAAAGAACCUGAAUUGACUGAAUAGAAAUUGAAAGAGAAAAGCAAAUUAGUCUUCAUUAGUUGCUGAAUGGAUGAACCCUUCUGUAAUGAAAGAUGAUUGAAGACAAAGGACCUCGAGUUGCAGACUACUUUGUUGUGGCAGGAUUGACCGAUGUCUCAAAGCCACUGGAAGAGGAAAUUCACUUCAAUGAUGCCUGUCACAAAGUAGCUAAGCCAAAGGAACCUAUCACCGAUGUUUCAGUUAUUAUUAAAUCUCUUGGGGAGGAAGUACCACGAGAUUAUAUUUGUAUUGAUGUUACCCCCAGUGGACUAUCAGCUGACCUCAAUAAUGGAAGUCUUGUGGGACCACAGAUUUACCUUUGCUAUAAAAGAGGAAGAGAUAAACCUCCACUUACGGAUCUAGGGGUCUUGUAUGAAUGGAAAGAACGAUUGAAACAGGGCUGUGAGAUCAUUCAGACUACUCCCUAUGGGCGCCCUGCAAAUAUUAGUGGCAGUACGUCUUCACAACGAGUCUAUAUCACUUACCGAAGAGCCUCUGAAAACAUGACUCAGAAUACGUUGGCUGUCACGGACAUUUGCAUUAUCAUCCCCAGUAAAGGAGAAAGUCCACCACACACAUUCUGUAAGGUUGACAAGAAUCUCAGUAAUAAUAUGUGGGGAUCAGCUGUGUACUUAUGUUAUAAAAAAUCGGUGGCAAAGACUAACACUAUAUCUUACAAAGCUGAUUUAAUUUGUAGAUAUCCUCAAGAAGAUUAUGAGUCCUUCUCACUACCAGAAUCUGUUCCCCUAUUUUGUUUACCAAUGGGUGCAACAAUUGAAUGUUGGCCAUCAAAUAGCAAAUACCCUCUCCCUGUAUUUUCUACUUUUGUGUUAACUGGAGCCUCAGCUGAAAAGGUCUAUGGUGCUGCUAUUCAGUUUUAUGAACCAUACUCUGAAGAGAAUCUCACAGAAAAACAGAAACUUCUUUUGGGUUUAACUUCAUCAGCAGAUGGGAAGUCUGACAGUUCCAAAACAAUUCACACUAAUAAAUGCAUCUGUCUUCUUUCUCACUGGCCUUUUUUUGAUGCAUUCAGAAAAUUUCUGACUUUUCUGUACCGUUAUUCCAUCUCUGGACCUCAUGUGCUUCCAAUUGAGAAGCAUAUUUCUCAUUUUAUGCAUAAAGUUCCUUUUCCAUCUCCUCAGAGACCACGGAUUUUAGUUCAGUUAUCGCCACAUGAUAAUCUGAUUCUCAGUCAACCUGUUUCUUCACCUCUUCCACUAAGUGGUGGCAAGUUUUCAACACUACUUCAGAAUUUAGGCCCUGAAAAUGCCGUGACUCUGCUGGUGUUUGCAGUGACAGAACAUAAGAUUCUUGUCCAUUCAUUACGGCCUUCUGUGCUUACGAGUGUGACAGAAGCAUUAGUAUCUAUGAUUUUCCCUUUCCACUGGCCCUGUCCAUAUGUUCCGCUCUGCCCACUGGCUUUAGCGGAUGUCCUGAGUGCACCGUGUCCAUUCAUAGUAGGAAUUGAUUCAAGAUACUUUGACCUCUAUGACCCCCCACCAGAUGUUAGUUGUGUUGAUCUAGAUACCAACACCAUUUCCCAAACUGGUGACAAGAAAAAUGUAGCCUGGAAGAUACUUCCAAAGAAGCCAUGUAAAAAUCUGAUGAACACACUGAAUAAUUUGCAUCAGCAACUGGCAAAGUUGCAGCAGAGACCAAGAGAUGAUGGACUGAUGGACUUAGCAAUGAAUGACUAUGAUUUUAAUUCUGGGAAGAGAUUGCAUCUGAUAGAUUUGGAAAUUCAAGAGGCAUUUUUGUUUUUCAUGGCCUCUAUUUUAAAAGGCUACAGGUCAUACUUAAGACCAAUAACACAGGCCCCAUCUGAGACAGCCACAGAUGCUAGCUCUCUUUUUGCUCUUCAAGCUUUCUUAAGAAGCCGGGACCGAUCACAUCAAAAAUUUUAUAACAUGAUGACCAAAACACAAAUGUUUAUUCGCUUCAUUGAGGAAUGUUCAUUUGUCAGUGACAAAGAUGCGAGUCUGGCAUUUUUUGAUGAUUGUGUAGAUAAAGUGGAUAUGGACAAGAGUGGUGAAGUCCGACUUAUAGAACUGGAUGAAUCUUUCAAAAGUGAACAUACUGUUUUUGUAACCCCACCUGAGAUCCCCCAUCUACCUGAUGGUGAAGAACCCCCUUUACAGUACAGCUAUAAUGGAUUUCCAGUUCUUAGAAACAAUUUGUUUGAGAGACCUGAAGAAUUUCUGCAAACACGAAAAAACAAAUUGCCUACAAAAUCAAGUACUCCUGGCAGCCCAUCUCCCAUGUUCAGGAGAACAAAACAGGAAAUUAAAUCAGCCCAUAAAAUUGCCAAGAGGUAUUCUUCCAUUCCUCAGAUGUGGUCUAGGUGUCUACUACGUCACUGUUACGGAUUAUGGUUUAUUUGUCUCCCAGCUUACGUGAAAGUCUGUCAUUCAAAAGUCAGGGCUCUGAAAACUGCAUAUGAUGUGCUCAGAAAAAUGCAGUCAAAAAAGAUGGAUCCGCCUGAUGAGGUGUGCUAUCGUAUUCUUAUGCAGCUCUGUGGGCAGUAUGAUCAGCCAGUACUUGCAGUUCGAGUGCUCUUUGAAAUGCAUAAAGCGGGGAUUGACCCCAAUGCCAUUACUUACGGCUAUUAUAAUAAGGCUGUUUUGGAAAGUACCUGGCCUUCAAGAAGUCGUAGUGGCUAUUUUCUUUGGACAAAAGUAAGAAAUGUUAUUUUAGGAGUAGCGCAGUUCAAAAGAGCGCUGACAAAGCACACGCACUUAUCACAGACAACUCUCUCAGAUGCCAGUGACCUGGAUGCUGUCAGUCACGGCAGUAUGGAUAGUGCUCGUGAGACCCACACUAUGGAGCAGGCACCUUUUAAUACAGGUUUAAUCAAAGUGUAUGCUACUGAUGAUAGAGCUAGUACAGGUGGCCAGUCUGAUCUUGGAUAUAAUUCAUUAUCCAAGGAUGAAGUUAGAAGAGGGUAUACAUCUGCUGAGGACAUCCAAGAAGAGAAAGAUAAGAAAGGGAGUGAUUCCAGUUCCUUAUCGGAGAAUGAGAGUACAAAAGGAAGUGCAGAUUGUCUUCCUAAGCUCAAUUAUCGGAGUACUUCCAGUAUAGUUCGCCUUAGAGGGCAAAAAGAUGAAAGCACUUCAGAGCUACUCUUGAUAUCAUCUUUUGGGGAUACAAAUCAAACAGGAAACAUUCAAAGAAGAUGCUUUAGGAAAAGACACAAAAGUGACAAUGAACCUAAUUUGCAGCCACAAAUGUCCUGGGCAAAUCAAAACCACAGUCUUAGUGGUGGAGUUCUGAUGGGGCUAAUGCUCAACAGAAUCAACCAGGAAGCAAACCCUGGAAAUAUGGUGGAAAAAUUAGGAGCCGAUGCAAAGAUCCUUUCAGGUGUCAUCUCAGAAAACACAAGACCAACUAGUCUUGAUAUUGGAAAGUCAUCUUUAAGAUCAAAAAGAGACAGUCUUGAAAAGGAAUCUAGUGAUGAUGAUACACCUUUCCCUGGUUCUCACUCUUUGGUGGAUAAAGUAGAUUCUCCUGUUAUUUUUGACUUAGAAGACAUAGACAAUGAAACCAGUGGAUCAAAAGUGGAAAAUAUCACACCCCAGAAUCCUAAGAGGAUUCUGCGCAUGAACAGCUUUUCAGUAAAACCUUUUGAAAAAACCGAUGUCAAAGCAGGAUUUGAUCCCCUCUCUCUUUUGGUUGCUGAGACAGAACACCAACAAAAAGAGGAGGAGGAAGAGGAAGAUGAUGAUAGCAAAAGCGUUUCAACACCCUCUGCUAAGCGGGAUUUGGCUGAGGAAAUUGUGAUGUAUAUGAAUAACAUGAGCAGCCCUUUGACAAGCCGUACACCAAGCAUUGAUUUACAACGGGCAUGUGAUGAUAAAGUAGCCACUAAGAAAAGUCCAACUUUGGUCAAGACUUGCCGGAGGUCUAGCUUGCCUCCCAAUUCUCCUAGGCCAGCAAGACUUACCAAAUCUAAAAGUUACACCAAAACUGAGGACAGGCCAAGAGACAGACUUUGGUCUUCUCCAGCUUUCUCACCAUCUUGCCCAUUUAGGGAAGACUCUCAAAAUGUGUUGACCCAUUCGUCACCCUCCUUUAAUUUAGAUACUCUGCUAGUACCAAAAUUAGAUGUUCUGAGGAACAGUAUGUUCACUGCAGGAAAAGGAGUUGCAGAGAAAGCAAGCAAAUGGUAUUCAAAAUUUGCCAUGUAUACUGCAUCCUCUAAGGAUCAAAGUUCUGAUCGUACGAGUCUUUCUUCAGUGGGAGCCCAGGAUUCUGAAUCUACCUCUUUAACAGAUGAAGAUGUCUGCCAUGAUUUGGAGGGAGUGACUUCCUCCCAAGAAAGCAGUGCCACUUCCGGGUCUAAGGGAACCGACUUCAACAGAACAAGCCUGGAAAGUUCUGCCUCCUUGGAAGGAUCUCUGUCAAAGUUUGCCUUACCUGGAAAAUCAGAAGUUGCGUCUUCCUGCAGCACAAGUAAUACAAAUAUCUUCCAGAACUACGCAAUGGAGGUUCUCAUAUCCAGUUGCUCUCGCUGUAGAACUUGUGAUUGCCUUGUCCAUGAUGAGGAGAUCAUGGCUGGUUGGACAGCAGAUGAUUCAAAUCUCAAUACUACUUGCCCCUUUUGUGGCAAUCUUUUCUUACCCUUUCUGAAUAUUGAAAUAAAAGAUUUAAGACGACCUGGAAGAUACUUUUUGAAAUCAAGCUCAUCGACAGAAAAUAUGCAUCUCCCAUCCUCUUUUUCAAGUCAGUCUAGACAGUCAUGCAUCUCUGCUUCAACCUCUGGUCUUGAUACUUCUGUGAUCUCUGUUCAAGGGAGUUUUGAUCUAAGUCGCAAAUCUAAACUGCUGGAAAGUUCUUGUGCCCGAAGCAUUCAGAUCCCUGCCAAUAGAUCAAAAACAGCUCUGUCAAAAUGUCCAAUGUUCCCAAUGUCCAGGAGUGUAAGCACUUCUGGUCCUUUGGAUAAGGAUGACACUGGGAGACAGAAGCUCAUUCCUACAGGCAGUCUGCCAGCUACUUUACAAGGAGCUACAGAUUCUCUAGGGUUAGAAUGGCACCUCCCAAGUCCAGAUCCUAUCACUGUUCCAUAUCUUAGUCCUUUAGUGGUAUGGAAGGAACUUGAAAGCUUAUUGGAAAAUGAAGGUGAUCAUGCAAUAACAGUGGCAGACUUUGUGGACCAUCAUCCGAUUGUUUUUUGGAAUCUGGUGUGGUAUUUUAGACGUCUUGAUUUACCCAGCAACUUACCUGGAUUGAUUCUUUCUUCUGAGCAUUGCAACAAGUAUUCAAAGAUUCCCCGCCACUGUAUGUCUGAAGAUAGUAAAUACGUUCUUAUACAGAUGUUAUGGGACAAUAGGAAGUUACAUCAGGACCCAGGCCAGCCUUUGUACAUCCUCUGGAAUGCCCACACCCAGAAGUAUCCAAUGGUCCACUUACUGCAAAAAGGUGAUAAUUCAUUUAACCAGGAGCUCUUGAAAAAUAUCGUAAAAAGCAUUAAAAUGAAUGAUGUUUAUGGACCAAUGAGUCAAAUUUUAGAAACACUGAAUAAGUGUCCUCAUUUUAAAAGACAGAGGAGUUUAUAUAGAGAAAUACUAUUUCUAUCACUUGUGGCAUUGGGAAGAGAAAACAUUGAUAUUGAUGUAUUUGAUAAAGAAUACAAGAAGGCAUAUGAUCAGCUCACUCCAAGUCAAGUCAAGAGCACUCACAACUGUGAUAGACCGCCAAGCACGGGGGUGAUGGAAUGCCGAAAAACCUUUGGAGAACCUUAUCUUUAAGAGAUGUGUGUGUUUACUUUCAAUGUGUAUUGUAUAGUCUGUAUUGUAUAAAAUAACACUUUUAGACUAAACAUUUUUUCUUCAAUUUUUGAAAAUGCAUUUAUAAACGGUUCAGAUCAUUAAUGUAUAGAACGUUUUAAGAACAGAAUAGGGAGCAAGCCAUUUUUGUUUCCUUUUUCUCUUUCUCUUUUCCUUUAAUUCUAUAACCAGAGUGAUAAAGUAUUUUUAUGAUAAGAAAAUCCCUAAACAAAAUUAGUUACUAUAAAAAACAACUAUCUUAAGGUUUCUCUUAGGAGAAACAAAUCAAAGAAAAAAAUCAUGUAUGGACAGUACAUAAAUGUAAGAUAAAAGCAUUUCAUGUUUUCAUAGAUUAUUCAAAUGUUUUGACCAUGAGGUUGUAUUAUACAUAUUUUAAAUUGUUUAUAGUAAGUUGAUAUUUUUUUAAUUUUUAAAUUUAAUGUAGAAAACUUAAAAUGAACUUAAACUUAUGAAGUUAUUCCUUUCUUUGUCUGCUGCUAUUUGAAGUUUUAAGUGCGAAUGCAAAGUGAUAUGCUUAUAUCCAUCUAUUUUUUAUUACCUGGGGGAUGAUUCAGAAGUGUCACUGCUACAAGGACUGACUGUAGUGAGGCAAGCCAGGAUGCCAACUGAUCCACUGAGGCCAGAAGAGAGCCAGUGUUCAUAUCUGCUGCAAAAUCAGGUCUAACAUACCCGAUUCUGUACUGCUGAUGGUACCUAUAGUAUGUAGGGAAAACAGCUUCCAAAGCCAAAUGCCAAUUUAAAUCUUAAUGUCUACGUGAAAACUUCUGUUCUGUCAGUUUACUCUAUUUUAGAUCUGACCCUUAUUUUAAGAGCUCAAGUAUUGGGUAUGAUACAAAUUAAAGUAAAAAAACUGUUAUCUGAAAUAUGACCUAUUAGAGUGUUAUGCUGAUACUAUAUAUUCAAAAUCUAUUUUCAAAUAAUAUCUCUAAAACUAAAGCCCAGAUAGAAUUUCCAUAUUGUGGAACUUCUUCAGAAUCUGAAUUUCAUAGAACAUAAUACAGAAAUAUUCAGAAAUCAGACAGUAAAUUAAGCAUUAAAGUACCAUUAAAUAGACUCAUAAAAAUAUUUUAGUGACAUUAUUUCUAAAAGCAUUUUCUGUGGGUGAUUUCUGAUUUUAAAAAAGUACCCUUUGGCAAUUAGUAUUAUUCAGAGAUUUUCAGUAUGUAUGUAUUUAUAUUAGCACACACAGUCACUAAUGAAUAAUUCUCUGGCCAAUGUGAAAGAAGAAAUAAAACCACACACGACAAUUCCAAAUGAUGGGGGUAAAAGCAAGAGAAUGAAUCCAUUACACUAGACCCGGAGAGCUCAUGGAGCACUGAAACUUGGAAUCAGCUCAGCUGCAGAAAAAGACAACACAAUUUGAGUUUAACCUGUUAGUGACAUAUACUUGGAUAAAAAUUUCCACAGCUUUGUGUUCCAGAAAUAAUAGGGAAAAUUAAAAACUAGAAUUUUAGUUCAGGGACCUCAAGGGAUAGUACAGUAGAUAAGGCAUUUUUGCCUUGCACACAGCAAACCCAGGUUCAAUCCUAGCAUUCCAUAUGGUCCCCAAGCACUGUCGGGAAUAACUCCUCAGUGCAAAGACUGGAGUAAGCCCUGAGCACUGCCGGGUGUGGCCAAUACAAUUAAAUAAAUUUUA